AUGGGAUUCUUUAGAGUUACAAUUCUCUUGGUUGUCCUCUUUUCUUUUGCUUUUCAUGCUUUUGCUGAUGACAAUUCAACUCCUUCCCUGGUUGUCAAUGCUCAAUUUGGAAGGAAAAUUCCAGAAACAUUUUUUGGAGUAUUUUUUGAGGAGAUUAACCAUGCUGGAUCUGGAGGAUUAUGGUCUGAGCUUGUUAAUAACCGAGGUUUUGAAGCUGGGGGUACUCAAGUUCCCUCAAACAUAUUCCCAUGGUCGGUUAUUGGAGAUGAAUCAACUAUAAGGGUUGCAACAGAGCGUUCCUCUCCUUUUCCGCGCAAUGAAAUUGCCGCAAGAUUGGAUAUCAUCAAAGAUUCCUCAAUUGGAGUUGGUCUUUCUAAUCCUGGGUUUUGGGGCAUGAAUAUUGAGGAGGGAAAGAAAUAUAAGGUAGCUUUUUAUGUGCGAGCACCAAAACCAGUUGAUUUGAAAAUUGCGUUCGUGGGAGCAGAUGGAAAAGAAUUGGCUUCUACUAACAUUAGAAACCAUCUCCCAAAGUGGAAAAAGAUAGAGCUGCUUCUUGAGUCUAAAGCAUCAGACUUUAACUCAAGCCUCCAAAUAACAACUACCAAACAAGGGACUUUUUGGUUGGAUCAAGUUUCUGCUAUGCCUCUAGAUACACACAAGGGGCAUGGUUUUCGGAAGGAUCUUUUUCAAAUGGUUGCAGAUUUAAAACCAAGAUUUCUUAGAUUUCCUGGUGGUACCUACAUUGAAGGAGAUAGGUUGAGAAAUGCAUUUAGAUGGAAAGAUAGUGUUGGACCAUGGGAGAAAAGACCUGGUCACUUUAAUGAUAUAUGGGGUUAUUGGACUGAUGAUGGCUUUGGAUAUUUAGAAUUUCUUCAACUUGCAGAGGAUCUUAAUGCACUCCCAAUUUGGGUAUUUAACAUUGGUAUUAGUCAUCGUUAUGAUCAAGUCAAUACAUCCAACAUUGGUCCUUUUGUGCAAGAAGCUUUAGAUGGAAUUGAGUUUGCAAGAGGUCCAGUCACAUCAAAAUGGGGCAAAUUAAGAGCUAAACUUGGACAUCCCAAACCCUUUGAUCUACGAUAUGUUGCUAUUGGAAAUGAAGAUUGUGAUAAGUCUAACUAUGUUGGAAACUACCUCAAGUUCUAUGAUGCUAUCAAACAUCACUACCCCGAUAUGAAAACCAUCACAAAUUGUGAUGCUACUCAAAGUCCAUUGGGGAUGCCUGCUGAUUUUUAUGACUAUCAUAAAUACACAUCUUCCAAGGAUAUUUUCUCAUUAUACAACUGGUUUGACCAUCAAAAUCGUACUGGUGCAAAAGCUUUUGUUAGUGAGUAUGCUGUUUGGCAAGGUGACGCGGGAAAUGGAACACUUUUAUCAGCAUUAGGUGAAGCUGGAUUUCUAAUGGGUUUAGAAAAGAAUAGUGAUCUAGUCGAAAUGGUUUGUUAUGCACCACUUUUUCUGAAUACAAAUGAUAAAGGUUGGUUGCCUGAUGCGAUAGUAUUUGACUCUCAUCGACAUUAUGGAAUUCCAAGCUACUGGUUGCAACACCUAUUUACCACAUCAAGUGGAGCUACAUAUUUAGAUUCAAAACUUGAUGCUCCAGCCACACUAAUUGCGACUGCAAUUAAGUGGCAAAAUCAAGAGACUAAGAACAGUUAUUUAAGAAUCAAGGUGGUAAACUUCAACAAUAACUCAACAAGUUUUAAGAUGACAAUAAAUGGUUUGGAUGGAAAUGUGGAUUUUAGUGGUGCAACAAAGACAGUACUCACAUCCAAGAGCGUAUGGGAUGUGAAUAGUUUUGAUGAGCCUAGAAAGAUUGUACCUACACAGAGCCCACUUGAUGAUCCAAGCAGAGAAAUGCUGGUCACAAUCCCAGCAAAUUCAGUCACAGCAUUUGAUUUUCCUCUUUCUUAG